AGUGUGUGUGUGUACGCUGGAUAACUGCAGCAGCAGCAGAGUAGCUCGGUGUUUCACAGCGGAGAGGACGACUCAGGGUUUUUGUGGACUCCAGGAAACAGGCAGACUAAUCGUGCUCUCAGCGGGAGGAUAGUCUGAGCCUGCAUCAGCUCUCUGCUUCCCUAAAUGUGCGCACUUCUCCUGCUCGGAUUUGUGUGUUCAACAAAUUAAGAUCAAUCGAGGCUGCCCUCGGACCAAGACCUGUGUGUCCAACAUGGGAGACCAGAGGUCAGUGCAGCCCCUGCUGCUCCUGCUGCUGCUCCUCACACUCCUCACCAGGAUGUCACAGCUGUGGGCUUUCCCCUUCAGCCCGUCCCUGGACCUGGAUGUCACUCCGAGGACGACUGUCUUCAUGAAAGGUCUGUUGGGUAGCACCCGUUUCACCGGCUCUUCCCAGAACUACAGCACGCUGCUUCUGGAGGAGGAGGCCGGGCUGCUGUACGUGGGAGGAAGAGGAGUUCUGCAUGCUCUCAACACCUCCAACAUCUCCACACCUGCAAACCUCACAAUUGACUGGGACGCUUCCCCUGAGCAGAAGAAACAGUGUCUCAACAAAGGACGAGACAAUAAGACAGAGUGUUACAAUCACAUCCGCUUCCUCCAGCGAUACAAUGAGACUCACUUGUACACCUGUGGAACAAACGCCUUCAAACCUCUUUGUGCUUAUAUAGACGCAGAGCGGUUCAGCUUCUCCUCGGGCUUUGAGGAGGGCAGAGACAGGUGUCCAUACGACCCAGCAAAGGGAUACACAGGCCUUCUAGUAGACGGGGAGAUGUUCACGGCGUCUCAGUACGAGUUUCGCAGCUCUCCAGACGUGCGCAGGAACUUCCCCUUCCCCACGCUCAGGACGGAGGAAGCCCCAACUCGCUGGCUUCUGGAGGCAGACUUUGUGGGCUCGGUGCUGCUGAAGGAGAGCAUCAACAGCUCUAUCGGCGACGAUGACAAGAUUUACUUCUUCUUCACGGAGAAGAGUCAGGAGCAGAUCGCUUACCCAAGCCAGACCAAGGUGUCCAGGAUCGCCCGAGUCUGCAAGACGGACUGGGGUGGUCAGAGGACCCUGCAGAGGAAGUGGACCACCUUCCUCAAGGCCAGAAUGGUGUGCUCGGUCCCUGAAUACGAGCUGCACCUCAACAUCCUGCGCAGUGUGUUUGUGCUGCAGGGUCGAGACGCUCAGAGCAGCGUUUUCUACGGUAUCUUUGGACUUGAAUGGAAGAACAUCAAAGCGUCUGCGAUCUGCCAGUACGCCUUCUCUGAUGUGCAGAGGGCCUUCGAGGGGCCGUUCAUGGAGGUGCAGGACUCCAAGUGGAGGGAGUACACGGGGAAAGUUCCAGAGCCAAGACCUGGAUCUUGUAUAACUGACCUGCACAGGUCCCGGGGCAUCAACUCCUCCCGAGACCUCCCAGAUAACGUCCUCACUUUUGCCAGAAGGCACCCACUAAUGGCCAGCCAGGUUCACCCGAUGGGAGUGCGUCCACUCAUGUUCAAGAGGAGCGUGAACUAUGUGAAGCUAGCCGUGCACAAAGAGGCGGCGCUGGACGGACACAUUUAUACCAUCUUGUUUUUAGGAACAGAUGACGGCUGGCUGCACAGAGCUGUAGACAUCGAUGGAGAAAUGCAUAUCAUAGAGGAGCUGCAGCUUUUUGAGAAGCCUCAGCCUAUUGAGAGCAUGGUCAUAUCCUCUGCUCUGCGGAGCAUCUACGUCGGCUCCAGCUCAGGAGUGGUGCAGGUUCCGAUGUCAGCCUGUCCGAGGUACUCCUCCUGUUACGACUGCGUGUUUUCCAGAGACCCGUUCUGUGGCUGGGACGGGAGGCAGUGUGUGGAAAUAUCCACCCGAGCAAAGAGGGCAAACCUAACCCAGGACAUUGUGAGAGGGAUCCGAGGCUGCAAGGAAAACUCAGGAAACGUGGUUCAUCGGAGGCGCUCCGUGAUGUCGGGUGAUGAUGUCCUGCUCCAGUGUGAACUACGCUCUAACCUCGCGACCCCACGCUGGACGCUAAACGGCAAAGAACUCCAGGGAUACGGCCUCAAUGCGGGCUACCGCAUCGGUACAGACGGCCUCCUCAUCAUCGGAGCUCGCAACCAACAGAGCGGCUCCUACCGCUGCUUCGCCGUGGAGAACUCUGUCUCAGUCCUGGUUUAUCUUUACACAGUCAAGGUCCACACAGACCCGUACUUUCCUGUGGAGCCAACAGUUACGACCGACCCCACGACAGUCUCCAGCCCAAUCGUUUUCUCCACCACCACCCCCACCGAGCAGCCUCUCCCCUCGCCUCCUGCCCCGCUGCCUUCGGGAUCUGAGUUCCAGACCUACCGCCACAUGGAGGCCGUUUACAUCUCUCUAGUGGCGGUUCUUGGAGGCCUUUGCUUAGUGCUGAGUGUGGUGCUGCUUUAUGUGAGCUUCUGCACCAGACGGGCCGCAGCUCAUGACCGGAAGUUCUCCCAUCAGGGGUUGCAGGUCCUCGGGGGUUCUGAAAGAAAGAGGAGCUCUCAUCUUGAACUUAAAACCAUCUCCAGCCACUGCAACGGCCGCCAGGGCCGCCGAUCCAUCUCUGUGCCAACAUUCGGGGACCUUGGUGAUGGAUUUCUCCAGAUAGUUCCAGGUGAGGGGCAGUUUUCCCCGUGCAGAACACCUCCCCCUGCACCUCCUCUUCCAAUGCCGCCGCCACUUCCCAAUGUGGACUACGCAAACGGGCUCUCGGCCACCCUGCCCAGCGUGCUGAGGAAGAUGAACGGGAACAGCUACGUCUUACUGCGGCAGGCUGAUCCAGACGGUAUGUCACCGCUCUACCACUCCUUCACAGAGGAGCUCAACAGGAUCCUGGAGCAGAGGAAACACACGCAGCUAGACCUGCAACCCGAUGAGAGCUCCAUCUAGGACCCCUGCAACAGUAUUUUGUCCCACUGUUAUUUAUUUUUACCCCAAUGGUGACCCAUAGUCGUGGGGAGCACUGACAAUUGUAUGAAAAGCUGCUGUUAUUUAUCCAGUGUCAGAGUCCUGCCUGAUCGGUAAUGUGCAGCCUCCUGUGUCUCUCAUGAUUUCACUUCAAGAAAAGACUGGCCGGAGUUUGAGAAAGUGGAGACGUGAAAACAUCAACCAUUGACUGAGCUGUUACAAAUUAUCAAGAGUAGGGAGCUUAAUGAUGCUACCUCAGAGAAGGCUCUCUGGAGACUCGUGAAAGAUGGCGGUAAGAGGACACAAACAUGCAACGGGAGCUAAAUAGGGCACGGAUACAAAAAUAAAUCAGGCCAGGAGGUAUUCAUGAAAGUUGGAGACUGUGGAAGUGUCCAUGAAGUUUUUAGUGCCAUGUGAUGUUACCCCCUCUCUGGAGCUGAAAGUGAUCACCACCUGAAAUCUAUCUUUUGUGCAUUCUUACAUGUCCGAGAUAAUCGCCUUCAUUCCACCAAAUAUAAACCCCACAACCUCUUCAGGUUUGGCAGGUUAACUCAUCUUUUACGGGACAAACUGACAAUUAUAAAAGUUUUUACACUGUCCAAAAGAACAGAUCUGAAACAUCGGUGAAUUCAUUUACAAACAGUCCACCUCCUGUUGUGUGUCGCAUCAGUGGCUACCUUCAAAUGCACUUAUCCAACACACUAAAUGACUGCUCUAUUUUAUUUAAAACACACUCAAGCAUAUGUUAGCAUCCAACAGGCACGUGGAUGCACACGCUUCUCAAAGCUUAAGGUAUAUUUUAUGUGAGUUUCACUUUAAGUACCCAGAUCUGUUACAGAACACAAGAGUUCAGACAACAAAUGUUACAUUUCAGUUCAUUCAAAGCACUCUUUCUUCACUUUCCUCUGUCCUGAUGUAAGUUGCAGUCAAUACUUCACCGUUUCAUCAACAUUUGGUGCCGAUAGAAAACACCUGUAGCAAACCCUGAAGCAGUUUUCCCUCGUGUCUUUCUGUUUCUCUGCGUGUGUGAAAAGAGAGAAAGGGGAAGCAGCUGUAUGAAAGGCAGCUUGAGCAGGUAGUUUGUGGUCAGAUUGAUUGAAAUCACUGUCGACCACAGGCUGGCUUCGGGCCCAGGAGGCUGAAAGGAGACUACAACACAAUAGAACAAAGCAUUGACUGUAUAUAAAGAUGAUAAAGAUGGACGAUGUGCCAUCAACUCUUCCUGUUGUGCACAAAAGUGAAGCCAAAACACCCCCUGGGAUGGAUGGGCGCUGACAUUGUGUAAUCUGGUGCACACAGCACAGAGGGAGACUCAUUUAUCAACAGAGCUGUCGAUCAUUGUGCUGUAUCCUUUUUUUUAUAGCAUCAAAUGAUUACAAAAAACUAAACUUUUCAGACAAAUGAAUACUUGGACAUAAAUCAGCAUUAUCAGAGACGUGUGUUUUCAUUUCAAAGUUUGACCCGUGUCCCAUGUGUUCAUAUAUGACCCUUUUCGACUGAGGCAGUUUCAGGGCCGGUUCGGAGCCGGUGCUCAAUUGAAAAUUAAAUUUUUCUUGUUUUCGACUGUGAGCGA